AGAAGAGAAGCAGGAGGCCAAGCCGCAGAGGAAGGAGACGCACGGGCCGAGUGAGCGGGAGGAGGGCUCCCAACAUCCCCCCGAUUCCCCUUCUUUGCUCCGACUUCCCCGGUCCCUCGCUCCCUGGCUGCGCGUGUGUGGGUCAGUGGGCUCCCUUUUGCCCCGGGGCCAGCAGCCAGCCAGCCAGCCAGCCAUGCAUUGCCCUGGCGAGGCCCCCGGGCAGCAGCAGCAGCAGCAGCUCAAGGCAAGCAGGAGGCGCUACAAGACCUUCAUGAUCGACGAGAUCCUCUCCAAGGAGACCUGCCACUACUUCGAGAAGCUCUCGCUCUACUCCGUCGGGCCCUCGCUCCUCGUCCGGCCCAAAGCCCUCCACUCCUGCUCCGGCUCCCCUUCUCUGCGGGCCUAUCCUCUCAUCUCGGUCAUCACCCGGCAGCCCUCUGCCAUCUCCCACUUCAUCCCAGCAGGGAGCACUUCUUCGCGGGUCCUCUCUCCGCACCCGACUCCAGGGAGCACCUGUUCCUCGGAGACUCAGGCCAGUGAAACUCAUGGGAGCAGCGAAUCUGAGACGGAGCAGCCCACCCCUCGCUUGAAAAAGCCCCGUCGGAGUCGGACCAUCUUUACGGAACUACAGCUCAUGGGCCUGGAGAAGAAAUUCCAAAAGCAGAAAUACUUAUCUACACCAGACAGGCUGGAUCUUGCCCAAUCCCUGGGUUUAACUCAGCUCCAAGUGAAGACUUGGUACCAAAAUCGCAGAAUGAAAUGGAAGAAAAUGGUCCUGAAAGGUGGUCAAGAAGCUCCCACCAAGCCCAAAGGCCGGCCCAAGAAAAACUCCAUUCCAACGUCAGAGGAAAUUGAAGCAGAGGAAAAGUUGAACAGCCAGAAACAAAUCCUGGAAGAAGACCAGGCCACAGAAAAGUGUGAGUCGACCAAGGAGCAUUUGGAUGCCUCCAUAGAGACACAAGAACUUCCCGAACAUACAGUGGAACCCUCCAAGGAGGAGACAACAUCAAGUUAAAAGAGUGAAGGGAAGAAGAUAUAACUGCACCCUUAAAGGACAGUGUAAAAACUGAAUUUGCCUGCACUUUGUGCCUUAAGAAAUUUGGUGGGUCACCAUGGGGCAAAGAGACUUAUUGUAAUGGGUGACUUCAUAUAAACUGGUUCCUUUUUUCCCAAUGUUGUGUGUACACCCUUCCCAUAGAUAUCCUGGAACUAGGGAUCCCCUCGAAAGGAGAUUGCAUGCUUUAAAACUCCGAGGCUCUGGAGAUGUGUGAGGAGUCCAGGUUGUGAGAAGAGACUCUUUAGUAGCUACAUUGUUUUGGACAGAGUGGAUCUUUCUCGUGCCAUUAUUGCUAUCCUGAGCUUUGAAAUGAGUUCAGAGAAGCAACUGCCAAAGAGUGAGAGAGUUCCUACCACCAGCAUAGUUUUUUCCCUGUAAGUAAUGCUUAAGCGGGUAUGGGUCAAAACCAACAUUUUUCAUGGGAGUCAAACUGUGGGAUAUUGAUGUUCUAUCACACUGUAACCAAAGAUUCUUUGGAGGGGAAGAGAAAAAUACAGAAGAGAUCUCAGACUCACUUGGAAAAUUUAAAGGCGUUUUCACAAUGGAGGAAUUUGGAGCCUGCUAGAAGGGGGCUUCCAAGAUGGCAACCUUGAAACUGUUAGUGGAAACAGAGAUUGGAGUGGCAAGGGGGGGGGGGGCACUUUAGCUGAAUGUAUUGGUUUGCUUAGAUAUUGAUGUGGAAGCAAAAUUUGCAAAAGUUGAAGGGGAAAGAAUGUAUGGCUGCCUAUUGCUGUGAAGUAAACUAUCCAAGAUCCAAAAAACGAUGCACACAUAUUUUUCAGGAUGACAGUUCUGGGCAUCUGCCAAGGCCCAGUUGACUUCAAGAGACAAUCAACUAAAACUCAUUGUGGUUUGCUGUUCCUCUUCACUGUUGCAGCCUAUUAAUCUGCUUUCUCUUAACAAACAAGAACAGAUCUUCUGUUAGCGACAUAUACAAGUGUAGGUCUACCUUAUGCUGCAUAUUUCUUUUAUAAUUGUUGUGUUGGUAUUCUCUUCAUUCCACAACAACUCAAGGCCCUGUCCUGGGCCUACCAUUGAGUUUCUGCAGUGCUCUGUGGCCAUUCUGCAGCUUGUAGAGAUCUGGGGUGAGGGGAGAACCCAAGAAGCAUCUAGCUGUAUCCCCUUGGCUAGAUGUGAAAUGAUGGUAUCAUCUGCUAGGUCCUUCAUGGUUCUCAGCAGAUGAUGUAACAAUUCCACCUUUGACUAUGGUGACAUAGCCAGGCACAUCUCCAACUUCUCACCUUUCCACCAGUCAUAGAAUGAUGGAAGAGGCUGCAGUGACAUGAUAAUAAUUCUUCAAAGGUUGAAUGUUUCAGUUGGAAUUGUUCCACAUACUGAGCUACAGGAUUCUGGCCAAGCAGUGUAAAGAAUGAAGAGGCGGAGCCACAUUUACCAGUUUCCUUGUGAUUUACCAGUUUCCUUGCAUCCUUGGGAAAAGGUUGGCCAAUAGUAAGUGACAGUGUCAAGGAGGAGGCAUGUAUAUCUAGUGAUUUGGGAAUAUUGAAGGCAUCUUGCCCAGUAGGUAGGAGUCCAUAUUAGUAGACCUCACCUAUCCCCCAGAAGAAAGAUACAGGAACCUUUGUGCCAGUAUGUCUACAUCUACUGUGAGAAGCCUUUAAAUCUAAAAACAGUUAAUACCAUAUAACUAAAUUAACAUGUUAAGGUCCGAAUCCUAUUGGUAAUCCCGAUUAGAAUAAAAUGAAGCAUUUAUUCAAGCAAUCUUCCAACCCAACAUCUCUUUCCUGAAUUUCAAAAAGAAUUUGCAUGUUGAGUAUUAUAUAUUUGUGUAUUGUGUAUAUUAUACAUUUGAUUGAUGAACACUGCCUUUAGUUUUAUGGAUAUAAGUGGUGUGUAAAUAUUCUCCAAUAAAAAAGAGUAUACCCGUUCAGUCAGUGGGAUUUACACACAGGCUAACUCACCAUUUAGCAGUCAAUUCCAUGGGUCUAUUCUGGUUGGGACUACCAAUAGGAUUCUAUAUAGGAUUGUAUAUUUUUUAACUCAGGACUGGUCUACAUUU